AUGCCAUGUUUAGUCAACUUGAUUGUUUACGUUACAGAAACAAGAGAAAUUCCUACAAUUAACAAUUUUGUCAUGAAUUCUGUUGGAGUUACCAAAUCUUCAACUGGAGAAGAACUUGCUGUCCAUAUGAGGAUAAAACCAAACCAAUUCGUUCGAGUGGGAGGGAAAUUUAUGUUUGAUGACACAGAUGUGGACAAUUUAAAUGUGAAGUUCUUGAAGGUGAUGACGACGAAUUUAAAAAUCAUGGAACUUGAGAAUAAUGAAUUAGAGCCAUCAGAAAUUGUUGUAACAAUGACUGCAAUAACAAUGAACCAACACGGAAGGGAUGAGUUCAACAUCAAAAUCAAAAUAAAUGGAUCUCCAACAAUUACUUACUCGAGACUUCCGAAUGUGCACAAAGUGGAAGCUCAUUUAUCUUGUCAGGGAAAAGCUCCUGCUGCAUCGAUUAGAACAAAGGUAAAAAUACCAAAAUUAGCUAAUUUGGCAGUUCAGAACAUCGAUGAUGGUGAAUGCAGCACACCAGUGGCAGACAAUGACGAAGAUAAUGAAUGA